GCAUGCCUCGCUCCAGUCAGACUCCAUUUCCCGGCAUGCCUCGCUCCAGUCAGACGCCAUUCCCGGCAUGCCUCGCUCCAGUCAGACGCCAUUUCCCGGCAUGCCUCGCUCCAGUCAGACGCCAUUUCCCGGCAUGCCUCGCUCCAGUCAGACGCCAUUUCCCGGCAUGCCUUGCUCCAGUCAGACUCCAUUUCCCGGCAUGCCUCGCUCCAGUCAGACUCCAUUUCCCGGCAUGCCUCGCUCCAGUCAGACUCCAUUUCCCGGCAUGCCUCGCUCCAGUCAGACUCCAUUUCCCGGCAUGCCUCGCUCCAGUCAGACUCCAUUUCCCGGCAUGCCUCGCUCCAGUCAGACGCCAUUCCCGGCAUGCUUUGCUCCGGCGAGGCUUUGCGCAGGCGCCGGGUUCUCAGUUCCGGGUUUGCACACAUGUCGUGCGAGUCUCUGUCGUCCUGUCUGUCGCGACUCUCGGCAGCCACCGAUGAUCCGGCCGGGGUUCCCGGGGCCCUGAGCUCCCUGCGGAGCCGUCACGUGUCCCGAGCGGGAGGCGCCGAGCUGUUUCGCAAGCGAGGGGGACUGGCGCUUCUUCUCGCCUUAUUCACGGAACCUUCGCGAGCGGCGAUACUGGGAACAUCCCGGCGGAACCUGGAGCUCGCGCUGAGCCUGCUGGGAAAUAGCUGCACUGAGGCUGGGAGCCGAGUACAGGUGCGGCAGCUUGGAGGGAUCCCUGCACUGGUGGCAAUCCUUCAGUCAGUGUGUGUGGAUUCUGUAUGGAAUAGAGUCUCUCGUGCACUUGGUAAUCUUGCUCUGGACCCAAGAAACUGUGUAAUCAUACACCAAUCAGGUGCUGUAUCUUCAUUAAUACACAUAUUACAGAGCUCUCAAGAUGCCGGGUGUCUCCACAGCUGCCUGCGUUCCCUCCGCAUUCUUGGAGACUCCUUACCCCACCGGCUGUCCAUCAGUAAACAGGGCGGAUUGUCCCCCUGUGCCUCCUUGCUCUCCUCUACAGACCCUGCCUUGGUGUGUGGUGCUGUGCGUGCCUUGUGUGAGCUAAGUCAGGGAUGUUCACUGGAUUGUGCAGAGCAGCUGAACCUGGCUGUGCCAAAUCUUGUGCUAUUAGCUGGCAGAGAAGAUGUAAAAGCAGCAGUACGUCAGGCUGCGCUCGGUACAUUGUGCAAUCUAUGCAGUCAAGGAGCUCUACGACCCAUGAUGGGUAAUGCUGGUCUAAUUAAGCUGCUGAUAUUGGAAGCUGGUGCUCAGCUUUCAGCUCCCACUCGCUGUCUGCACCUUGUGAAAGCAUUGUGUCUGUGUUGCCGCGAGGCAGUGAAUCGUAUCCGUGUGCGGGAGUUGGGGGGAUUAGGAUUAAUGCUGAACGUUUUGAGAGACUUGCAAUAUCGCUGCGUGCACCCUCGAAUCACUGCUGCGUUCCUGCACUUUUGCCAUGACACAGUUGCCUUAAAUUUGUUGGGUACUGGGGGUCUUCCUGGUCUGUUGGCACAGAGAUUAGAGGAGCUGACACGAACUGCUGAGGUGAUGGGGGAAUUACGAGAAACAAGAGAUACAACAAAUGAAGAGGACGAGAAAGCGGCUUCUUCCUUUGAUUUCCCACCAGAGAAAGUAAACAAGAGAACCAGAGACAGUACAUCAGAGGACAGUUUAAGGUCCUGGCUGCUGUCAGAGGGCAUUGUCUGCAAUGUGGAAGAUCUGUCUCCUGAAUGGCCAUUAGACUGUGAGAGCAGAGGACCCCUCGUACCAGAUGAAUUGACUAACUCAGCAACCUCCAUCAUCCCCUCUUAUCUCCCUAGUUCUCCUACUGCAUCCAGUCCAAAGUGCAGGGAGCAUAAUGUUGUACGAAUUGAUAGACUUUCAGGAGCUGAACAGAGAUCAGUGCUAUCCCCUUCAUCUUCCCAUCUCUUCCCAUCUCCUUCAUCGCCCCAGCCAUCCCAUUCCCCAGUUCAAGAAAUUCUGGGUGCCCCAUGGCCGCUAGGACCCCGCGUGCCAAUGCCGUCUGAAUUUUGUCGUCCUGAAUUUCCCACUUUGCUGCUUCUUUCUCGCUUUUCUCAGCUCUCCGAUUCCAGCUCCUUAUUGGUGUGCCCCCAGGUCUUGGAAGGGCUCCUGACUUAUUUAACAUGCCACCCUCAUCCUUUGCCACGUGCAGCUCGGCUCCUGCAGCGUCUUACUUGUGAUCCUUCGUGUCUUGAGGCAUUUAUCCGCACUGGCAGUAUUUGCACGCUCAGGACUCGCUUACUACUCUGCGAGUCCACAAAGAGAGACAGCACAGACUGUAACGGACACUGUGAAAGCACCAAAGAACUUGGUAACCGGCUUCUCCGAAAUCUUUGUAUUCAGGCAGAGUCCCCAUUUGGGGUGGGAACCGUGACUCACAUGUUGGUGUCCGGAUCAGAAGCUGACCGGAAGCAGUGUGCCCUCUCCCUGCCAUUUAUUUACAGGAAGGACUCUUCACAACGCAACCUUCUACUUGAUGGAGCUCUCCACCUUGUGUUGGAACCUUUGAUUUGUAUGGAUCCGUUAUAUUUUUUUAAUGUUUCGGAAUGUCUUUCUUCCCUUCUAGACCCCCCAAAAGUACCUGCAACUUGCAAACCACUUGUAUUGGUUCCUUCCCGUUGCUGCUACAGAGAUCUCAUGUCCAGUGGAGCUGCUGAUGUGAUAUUUGUGCUAGAUGGGGGUGAGCGUGUAGAAGGGAACCGGAAAGAGGUGACUGGUGGAUGUGAGGUAUUUAAGGCCAUGUUAGAAGGCUGCUAUGCGGAAUCUAGGCAGAAAGAGAUACUUGUCCAGGAGAUGCCUCCUUGCGCCUUCACUCCACUUCUACACUAUCUUCACGGUUGUACAAUAGAAUCUAGGUGUCCUACACUGUAUGAGCUUCCACUGCCCACCCCUGACCAGGAACUUUCUCACUCGCCACUCGGAUUGACUUUAGCUGCUGCAGGACAAUUCCUACUUCCUGGUCUCCAGAGAGAGCUGGAGGUUUCUGUAAUGGACAGGUUGCUCAGUUUAGAGAAUUUGCCAUCUGUGUACAGCUUUGCAGAGAUGCAUGGAACCUCGGAACUCAGAAGGGACUGCUGUCUAUUCCUACUAAAAAUGCAUCACUCGCCCCAAAAGCGGGCAUUUUGUCUCUUCCAACUAUACCAAAGAGCGCAUGACAAGCAAAGACUUUCUCUUCUUAUUGAAAAUAUUGUGCAAGAGAGAGAUUGAGUUAUUUACAAAUAUCCAAGUGACCGCAAAUUUACUUCUCCCAAACUGCUGUAUGGUAAUCCUUCUCCUCUAGACCUACUCACCAACCUAUUUCACUGUACAAAAUCUUACCCACCACCUAAUCCCCUGCUUCCUCGCCCACUGGCACGUACCCACCACCUUAUCCUCUGCUUCCUUGCCCAUCUGCACUUACCCACCACCUUAUCCUCUGCUUCUUUGCCCACCGCUACGUACCCACCACCUUUUCUUUACUUCCUCGCCCACUGGCACAUAUAUAUUUAUUUGUGUGUAUUUAUGUCUGUGUCUGAGAGUGUGUGACUUGAGCACGUAGCCAAGUGGAGCCCUUCAUUUUCUGAUGGUAGACUUGACUGUUCUAAUUCCUAACCAGUAUUUACUACCUGAUACUUUGCUUCUACAGUUGCCCGAAUGUUACCUGAUACUUUCUCAUCCAUUCUCCUGCCUGCCACCAAUACCCACUACCUGAUCCUGUGCUUCCUCACCCACCCGCCUGGUAGGAAUACCAGCUAUCUGAUUCUGUGCUUGCCCGCCCACUACCAAUACCAGCUAUCUGAUCCUGUGCUUUCUCACCCACCUGCUACACCUACCAACUACCUGAAUCUGUGCUUACUCACCCUCCUGGUUCCUAUACCUGCUAUCUGAUCCUGUGCUUCUUCAUCCGACCACGUGGUACUGAUACCACCUAUCUGAUCCUGUGCUUCCUCACCCACUCGGUACAGAUACCAACUACCUGACCCUGUGCUUCCUCACCCAACUGGUCCCGAUACCAGCUACCUCGCACAUGCAUCUCCCCAAACACAGCUGUAGCACACUAUCUCUUAAUUCUCUAUUGUUUCUAUCCUAAGAAGUCCUUGUUUCAAUGUAACCCAUAUUGGGCAUAAAUUAAGUUUUCUGUUUAAAUAUGCAUUGUAACUCUGUCUGUCGGAUGUUAACUGAAACCUGAAAUUUGAAAUUAUUAAAAACAGAGCAUGUUAAAAAUGAGGAUUAAAAAAAAAAAAAAUGUAGAAGAUCUUCAUGGCUAGCAAUGAUCAGGGAGAAGUGAAUGUAGUCACUUAGAUCCACUUGCUGUCCAGUAACAGUUUUAGACUAAAUUCUACAUAUCGGUUAUCAGUUGCUUAGCUGAAAAUUGCACUAUUGAAUUAAACACCGAAAAUCACUUGCAGCAUGUG